UCUAAUCUAAACCCUAAAACCCAAAUCACGCAGACAUGGAUCCGUGAUAGUGAAUCACUCACACUCACCAUUCAAGUUGUUCCCUUUUUCACCUCAUCUCCAGCUUGUCGCCGUCAAAUCUCAUCCACGGCGGAGUCGGUGCAGCGCAGCUAGUCCCCGCCGCCCGCCGGGAUCUGAGCCACCCUCAACCGAAGGCCCACAAGUGACAAGUGACUAGCCAGAAGUGUUUAGCUGCACUUGACAACAACUUCAGCACCUGACAAGUUAGUAGAAAUUGGUGUCCCCCUAGUGAGAUUUUCUGGAUCCAUCCCUGUCUACCAGUGAUUAGUGAAGACCAACAAAAGAUUAAUGGAGUGGGCAAGCAAAGUGAUGAGUGCUGCGACGAGAGCUUCGAACAACAACAUGGUGAUCAACGUGCUGUUGGUGGGUGCAUUUGUGGCGCUGAGCAUGAGGUCGGUGAAGCAGCAAAGAGACAUCGAAGCCCUAGAGUCCCAGAAAGAUACCCUCCUCGUUACCAACAAGGCCAUGAAGAAGUCCAUGUGGAACUGGAAGCAACAACUCUUCAACGAAGCUUCUUCUCCCGACACCGCCACUGUCCCUCUCUCCAAGCUCAAAGCCAUCUACGGCGAGUCCCCAACCACUCUCCAUCCCACUGUAGAAGCUGAGCAAGGGGGUGGAAAAUCAACUGUAUCUAAAAUUGUAAUCUGAAAUCUGAAGUGCAACUUCGCCCGAUGAAAAUUUUGUUUCAGAGUCAGGUUCUACGGAAGUAUGAAGGAGAGAAGUGUACCGAUUUCAAAGAUCUGAGUCAUGUAAAGAGCAUAUUUCUUACUUCUGACAUAUCAAACUGGAAAAUAAUUUUAGUAGACGACGGGCUAGUACUACCAUCUUUGGACAAUGAAUUUUUGAACUUGAUUUGUCUUUAUUUUUGCUCGUUUGUAGGUGGUGCUGAGGAUGUUUCUUCUGUAACUCUCACACUCCCCCCUCCUCCGUGCGCACAGAUGUGAAUAAAAUGAGUUUGAGCUAAA